GAGCAGGCACCAGCGCGAGCCCAGGCUCACGCAGGGGAUUCCGGAGCCCUCCUGCAGGGGCGGCGGGCCCAGGGGCUCCCCCCACCCGCGGAGGGGCUGGCGCAGGGAGCACGUUCGGCCGGGCCUCAGGCGGCCUCACGCGUGUCCCGGGGGGGCGCUCAGAGAGAUUGGCGGUGGGGGAAGGGCCAGUGACCCCCGCCCCCUCCCGGCUUCCUCCCCCGGCCGGCACAGGGGCGUUGGGGCCUUUCCCCCGCGCCGAGCGGGGGGCCCGGGAGGAGAUGAGCCGAGUCUAGCUUCGGAACCGGGCGCCCCGCUCAGCUUCCGAGCGGGGCGCCCGCCCGCGCGAAUCCCUCCGCGUGGGCGCCGAGCCGAGCCGAGCCGCCCCGGCCCCGGGGCGGGGGCUCUUCCCCGGCCUGCCGGGCUCCCCGGAGGGCGCUCGCCGGCUCUGUGCGGGGCGCCCCGGCUUUCGCCCUCAGCCUGCCGGGGCUCGCGGGCUGCAGCCGCCGGGCCAGCGCCGCAGUUUUGCAUCUCUGAUUGUUCAUCUUGCUUUUUCUUCACGAAAAUGAAGAAAACGAUUACAUGCUUCCUACUGCUGUUUGGACAAACUCUACUUUUCAGUGCCUCUGCCAGGGAGAGACAUCUUCCACCAGCAUUUUCAAGCCAAAGAAAUGGUGCUAACCCACAAGAGAAUACUUGCAACCGCAAACGUCUUGAUCUCGUCUUCAUCAUCGACAGCUCUCGCAGUGUACGUCCUUACGACUUUGAAAAAGUGAAGGAAUUCAUUUUAACCAUCUUGCAGUUCCUAGACAUCAGUCCUGACGUCACCAGAGUAGGACUCCUUCAGUAUGGCAGCACAGUCAAACAUGAGUUUUCACUGAAGACGUUCAGGAGGAAACAUGAUGUGGAACGAGCAGUGAAAAGAAUGAUGCACCUGGCCACUGGCACCAUGACUGGGCUGGCUAUUCAGUAUGCAUUGAACAUUGCAUUUUCAGAAUCAGAAGGGGCACGGCCACUGAGCCAGAAUGUGCCCAGAAUUAUCAUGAUAGUGACAGAUGGGAGACCACAGGAUCCUGUGGCAGAGGUUGCAGCUAAAGCCCGGAACUCAGGCAUCCUGAUUUUUGCCAUUGGUGUAGGAAGAGUGGAUAUGAACACCUUGAAGUCCAUUGGAAGUGAACCUCAUGAAGAGCAUGUCUUUUUGGUGGCUGAUUUCAGUCAGAUUGAAACGCUAACCUCUGCAUUCCAGACUAAACUUUGCGUGCCCCAUGUGUGCAGUAUAACUGAGCAUGGUUGUGAUCACUUCUGUAUUAACACUCCUGGCUCCUACAUGUGCAAAUGUAAACAGGGAUACAUUCUGAACGCUGACCAGAAGACUUGCAGCACCCAGGACCUAUGUGCUGUGGAGAAACAUGCCUGUGAACAGAUCUGUGUGAACACACCUGGGUCCUAUGUAUGUCAGUGUUAUGAUGGCUAUGAGCUCGAUGAAGGUGGAAAGAAGUGUAUCAUUGUAGACCUUUGUGCUUUGGAUAACCAAGGUUGUCAACAUGAGUGUGUAAGUACGGAUGACUCCUACUACUGUAGAUGCCAUCAAGGAUUUAUUCUAAAUCCAGACAGAAGAACUUGCAGAAGACCAGAUUACUGUGCUCUGCAGACCCAUGGCUGUCAACAGGAAUGUGUUAAUACAGAUGAUUCCUAUUUUUGUCGGUGCCGACAAGGGUUUACUCUUAAUCCAGAUAAGAGAACUUGCAAAAGAAUAAACUUCUGUGCUUUGGGUAAACAUGGCUGUGAACAGGAAUGUGUUAACACAGAAGACUCUUUUGUGUGCAGAUGUCAUAGUGGAUACACCCUAAACCCUGAUAGCAAAACGUGCAGAAGAGUGGAUCACUGUGCUGAGAACAACCAUGGCUGUGAGCAGCUGUGCCUGAACACAGGCGACUCAUAUGUCUGUCAGUGUUCUGAAGGAUUCAUCAUUAAUGAAGACCUAAAAACAUGCACACGAGUGGACUAUUGUGCACUGAGUGACCCUGGUUGUGAACAUUUGUGUGUAAACAGUGAAAAAUCUUAUACUUGUCAGUGCUUUGAAGGAUAUGAGCUUCGUGAUGAUGCGAAAACUUGUAAACGUAAAAAUGUCUGCAAAUCAGUCAACCAUGGUUGUGAACAUGUUUGUGUUAAUACGGACAAUUCAUACAUCUGCAAGUGCCGUGAGGGAUUUGCACUGAGGAAAGAUGGGAAAAUGUGCAGAAAAAAAGACCUCUGCAAAUCAGUUGACCAUGGUUGUGAACAUGUUUGUGUUAAUCUGGACAAUUCCUACAUCUGCAAGUGCCGUAAGGGAUUCGUACUGCGGGGGGAUGGGAAAACGUGCAGAAAUAAGGAUGUCUGCAAGUCAUUUGACCAUGGCUGUGAACAUAUUUGUGUUAAUAAUGACAAUUCCUACAUCUGUAAGUGCCAGGAGGGAUUUGUACUGAGAGAGGAUGGGAAAACAUGCAGAAAUAAGAACGUCUGCAAAUCAGUCAACCAUGGUUGUGAACAUGUUUGUGUAAAUAAUGACAAUUCAUACACCUGUCAGUGCCAUAAGGGAUUUGUGCUAAGAGAGGAUGGGAAAACAUGCAGAAAUAAAAACCUCUGUAAGUCCAUUGACCAUGGCUGUGAACAUGUUUGUGUUAAUGAUGACAUUUCAUACACCUGCCAGUGCCAUGAGGGAUUCAUACUAAGAAAGGAUGGGAAAACAUGCAGAACUAAGGAUCCCUGCAAAUCAGUUGACCCUGGCUGUGAACAUAUUUGCGUUAAUACUGACAGUUCAUACGUCUGCAAGUGCCAUGAGGGAUUUGUACUCAGAGAGGAUGGGAAAACAUGUAGAAGAUGCACUGAAGGCCCAAUUGAUCUGGUGUUCGUGAUUGAUGGAUCAAAAAGUCUCGGAGAGGAUAAUUUUGAAGUUGUAAAGGAAUUUGUCUCUGGAAUCCUGGAUUCUCUUGAGAUUUCUCCCAAAGCUGCUCGAGUUGGUUUGCUGCAGUAUUCCACUCAAGUCCGCACAGAGUUCACAUUAAGACAAUUCAGCACAGCCAAAGACAUGAAAAAAGCAGUAUCCCAAAUGAACUACAUGGGGAAAGGCUCCAUGACUGGACUUGCCUUGAAACAAAUGUUUGAGAGAAGCUUUACUGAAGCAGAAGGGGCAAGGCCAUUUUCAGCAGAAGUGCCCAGGGUGUCUAUAGUGUUUACAGAUGGACGAGCCCAAGAUGAAGUCUCUGAGUGGGCCAGCAAAGCAAAGCAGAAUGGUAUAACUAUCUAUGCUGUUGGAAUAGGAAAAGCAAUUGAGGAAGAAUUACUGGAAAUUGCUUCUGAGCCACCAGACAAACAUCUUUUCUAUGCUGAAGACUUCAGUACCAUGGGGGAGAUAAGUGAAAAAAUAAAAAAACAAAUCUGUGAAGCUUUGGAAGAGUCAGAUCCCCAUCAGGAUCCACUGACAUGGAGGCCUCACAAGACUGGUCCUCAUUCUUCAGGAUCUGAACCAGCCAGCAUAGCCGUCACAGAUCUCCUUGCCUGUUCCAAUUUUGCAGUACAUCACAAGUAUCUUUUUGAAGAGGAGAGUGUUUCACAGUCAACAACAAGAUCAGCAAACGCUUUAAAAGAUAAGAAAGAGCAGUGCAACUGUGAAAAUCUCAUGACAUUCCAGAACCAUGCCAAUGCUGAAGUAAAAAAACUAACCCAGCGAUUGGAAGAAAUAACUAAAAGAAUGGAAGCCCUGGAAAACAGACUAAGAUACUGAUGAGUUCUUAACAGAUGUAUACACUGUACUGUAUAUUUAUACAUACAAGUUGCAACAAAGCAGUACAAAGCUAUGUAGCACAAAUCUUUUUGUGUUUGAGGGAAAAGGACAUUUUUGGACCCAAUAUUUACAUACUGAGGUGCAGCAUCAUAUUGUUCUCUUGCAUUGAUUGCAGUAAGACAAAUGUUGAAAGGAACUUAUAAAAAAAAAUUUAGUAACUAGAAAAAUUUCUAAGUAGAAUUUAACACUUGAAUUUAUAAACUAUGCAAUCUAAUAAAAUGCUUUUAUUUUUAAAUGGAA